UGGGUCGCCUGUCAAAGUGACAUUUUGACGUGGACAAAAUGAACUUGAAAACCCUAAAAACGGUGGCAAAACUGUUUGAAAAGUACAAGAAAACCGACGGGAAACCAGUGGGGGACCUGUUGGCCCAGUCCACCUUAACCGAUGAGGAAAUCGCUCUGUUCCUGGACAUGGUGAAACACGCGGACCUUCUACGCGACCUAACCGAGAACCUCCUGGAAAAACCGCUGCUGAAACGCGUCGACGCGGCGCACGCGCAAACCGCUUUAUUCCUCCUCGUGUUCCGCCUGAGCCCCGCUAACCAGGACACCCUCAUGCACUACUUCUUGCAAAUGAAUUGUUUCUACUUGUGUGACCUCCUGGCAGCCAUCACCCGCCCGGAAAACCACCUGGAAAUCUGCCGAGCGGCCUCGCAACACUUUGAGGACGUCUACGUCCUGGAGCGUAUCGUCGAGCCUUUUUUGGCGAAAAUCGACCUGUUGGUGACGUUGGGAAAGCGAUUUUUAAGCCUGCACGAGGUGAAAAUCCCCCGGGGGACUCGGGUGCGGCCCUUUAAGUGCGCGGGGGGGCACCGGAGCCGUCCCAAGCCGCCCGCAAACACCCCCACGGCUGUGGGGAGGUUUAGGGCCAACGGGGUUCCGGAGACCACUUGGAGGCCCGGGAAACAGGUCCAGCAGGGACUGGAAAGGUGUAAACAAUUAAACCGACAACGGGCUCGAGAGCUUCUAACCGAAGCCAAACUAACCCCCUCCAGAUUAACCCGCGUACCGCAACCCCCCGUUGCACCCGAACCCCCGGACGAACCCUUCAAAAGCAAACCGCCCCCCCAAGUGAAACCCAUCGAGAUCAAGAGCACCUUGACCACCACCCUGCGGGAGGCUUCGAGGGUCUUGCGGCAACAAAGUGAGGAGGCACGCCACCUGGAAGAACUCAUCAAGGGCGGCUUCGAUCCCACCGAACCGGAACAACUGCGGGAGCAACUGAAACAGCAACAAGAGCAACAACAAUUGGAGCUAAUCAAGAAGAACCACCUGAAAGGUCUGCUUUCUUACGAGGAAGCUAUACUAGCGAAAAAACAGCUGCUCGAACAAAACAAACUGAAAAUGGAGGCGCACAAGCGGGAAAAACUGGCGCUGGUCCAGAGUUUCCGCGCGUGGCAACAAGAGGAACGUGAGAAGAUCCAGAGCCUGGUGCUCAAGUCUCAGGCGAUCAAACAGGGGGCGCGCCUAAGCGAAAUGAAACUCUUGGAACGGAAACAGUCGAGUGUAAAAGAGCAACAGGAGCAAACGAAAGAGAUGCUCGGCCGCGCCCUCAUGGAGAAAAAACAGGAACUCCAGAAGAAGACCGAACUGAUCCAAGAGAUCCGGGCGAUCCAUCGGGUCCGGUUUAACUUAAAAGAGUUCGACCCGACGGAGAGUAGCAACUUGGGCCUGCUGUGCGAAAUGUCGAUAGCGGAACUGCAGGAGCGACUCGCCAUCACGAAAAUGAACAUGAAGAAGGAGCUGGAAGAGAAACGGGCGGGAAUAUUGAGGAGGAAGGAGGAGCACCGGCAAAUGAUCGAGAACGUGAGGAGGAUCAUCGGGGAGGAGCAGCGGGGGGCGAGGAAACGCGAGAGGAGAAACAGGCAGGAGGAGGAGGAGGAGGUUAGAGCGAGGGAGAGCCCCAGUGUGACGGAGCUGCGCAGGUGUUUGGAGGAAAAGAGGCGCAUGAGGAGUGUCGCUCACUUUUGAUAAAUAAAUAUAUAAAUAAAAA